AUGAAUGGUCUAAAGCAUGAUCUGAAUGAGCUCCAUAACAUGCUUAAAAAUGUUGAAGGAAAUAUUAUUGAUGCCAAGAAGAAGGAAGUUCUAAAUGUCAACAAUGGGAAGGGGUUUAAGAAGGUGGCUAAGAAAAAGAACAAUAACCAAGGGAAAGGCAAGCAAGUUGCCAAACCCAAGGGUGGUGAGAAGCCAAAGAUUGCUGCUGAUCAUGAUUGUUUUUAUUGUCAGGCCAAGGGACACUGGAAAAGAAAUUGUCCCAAGUACCUAGAAGACAAGAAGAACGGGACUGUGAGUUCCACUUCAGGGACUUAG